GUGAACAAGAAAGAUGGCGGGGGAGUCUUCAAUGGAGCUCCUGUUUUUGGAUACUUUUAAACAUCAAAGCGCAGAGCUCACAAACGUCGACGUGGUGCGGUUCCCGUGCGGGGUCCUGAUCACCGAAGUUCGAGUCAUUCCUCCCGGCAUCAAAGCCCACAGCAGUCUCCCGGACAACAGAGCCUUUGGGGAGACCUCGCCCCACGCGUUCCAGCUCGACCUGUUCUUCAACAAUGUUGCCAAGCCCAGCGCCCCCGUCUUCGACAGGCUCGGCAGCCUGGAAUACGACGAGAACAAGUCCAUCGUUUUCAGACCCAAUGGAAAGGUGAACACAGAUGGCCUUGUGCUGCGUGGCUGGUACACCAGUCUGACGGUGGCGGUGUACGGCACAGCGGAGCGGUUGCAUGGCCACGACAGGGACUCCCCGCCCCCGCCCCCGCCCCCUCCUCCCCAACAGCAGCCCGGCCUGAAGAGGAACGUCAAGCACGGGUCGUGUGCGUCAGACUGGGAUAAGGAAGACCAGUACAAUGGCAGCCCCCCCAGGCCACAGCCUAGAGGGCCCAGGACUCCCCCAGGGCCCCCGCCUCCUGAUGAUGACGAGGAAGAGACCGUCCCAGUGACAGUGGGCGUGGAGAAGGAAGAGGGCGGGGAGGGCCGGGAUGACUACCUGGAGCCCAUCUCCCCCGAGCGCGGCUCCCUGCCCCUGGAGGAGCCCUACUCGGACGAGGCGGAGCCCGAGGAGGAGGGUGAGGACGAGGAGGAGGGCGGCCCUGAGGAGGACGAGGACGAGGAUGAGGACGCUCGGACGGAAGGCAGCCUGGUGGAGGAUGAGGAAGAUGAAGAUGAGGAUGAGGAAGAGGGUGAGGAGGAGGAGGAGGAGGAGGAAGGAGAAGGGGACGAUGGCUACGAGCAGAUCUCCAGCGACGAGGAGGACCUGGAGAACGGCAGCUUCAAGCUGCCCAGCUUCGACAUCGACUACACGGCGGAGGACCUGGCGGCCGUGCCCACGGUGCAGUACGACCCGUACGAGCGCGAGAUCCGGCCGCUGCUUCACUUCAGCCCGCCCUACAGGACUAAGUUCGAGACGGAGGUGAGCAAGCUGAGGGAGGCCGACGCCGGGGGGGACGACGACGCUGCCGGCGGCACGCCGGCGCCCGCGGCCGAGGCGGCGGCCAAGCUGAACGAGCUGCUGGAGGCCCACCGCGAGGACCGGGGCGCCAAGUGGGUGACGGCGCUGGAGGAGGUGCCGGGCCUGCUGGUGAAGGGGCUGAGCUACCUGGCGGUGCGCGACGCGGAGGAGGCCGUCCUGAGGCAGCUGGUGGACUGGGCGGCGCAGGCGCUCUGCCUGCAGAUGGCGCUGUCGCAGCCCAUCGCCCUCAACGUGCGGCAGCUGAAGGCGGGCGCCAAGCUGGCGUCGGCGCUGGCGGAGUGCGGCGCCCGGGCGGCGGCGGCGCUGCUGGAGGCCGGCGUGGCGGACCGCCUGCUGGAGCUGCUCUUCGCCGAGCACGUCUCCUCCUCCCUCAAGCUCAACGCGCUCCGGUCCCUGGACAGCCUGAUCAGCGCGCCGGAGGGCGUGGAGGCCUUCGUGGGCGGAGCGGCCGAGGGCCAGGAGAAGAGCGGCUACCAGCGGCUGCUGGAGCUCAUCCUGCUGGACCAGACGGUGCGCGUGGUGACCGCCGGCACCGCCAUCGUCCAGAAGGGCCACUUCUACGAGGUGCUGUGCGACCUGCAGAAGACGGCCGGGCAGUGGGCCGAGAGGCUGCCCCCGCCGCCCCCGCCGCCCGCCCCGGCGACGGGCGGGGCCGAGGGUGACCCGGAGGCGGAGCCCGGGCAGGAGAAGGCGGCGAAAGAGGAGGAAGGGGAGGCGGAGAUGCCCAUGGACAUCGACCACCUGCUGGCCUCGUCGGACAUCAGCGAGGGGGACCUGGAGAGGCUGACGGGCGUGCUGGACGAGCUGCUGCACCUGCUGGAGACCGCGCCCCACACCAUGAUCCAGCCGCCCGUCAAGUCCUUCCCCACCACCGCCCGCAUCACAGGGCCCCUGGAGCGGGACGACCCCUACCCUGGCCUGUUCAGGUACAUGCACUCGCGCCACUUCCUGGAGUCCCUGACGGUGGUGCUGUCCACCCCGGCGGCCAGCGUGCACCAGGGCGUGGUGCAGGCGGUGAAGGACCUGCUGCGCUUCCUGGCCCAGACGCAGCAGGGCCUGCUCUUCCUCAUGACGGAGCACGACGCCACCAACCUGCUGGUGCGCGUCCUGACGCAGAUCUCGGAGGCGGACGCGGAGGACGGGGGCGUGGCGGUGGGCGUGGGCGGGCCCGGCGAGCCGCCCGGCGAGGACACCUUCGCCGUGUGGCUGAUGCAGGCGCUGCACACCCUGCAGGGUGUGGCGGAGCUGCUGGCGCACUGCAGCGCCCCCGGUGGCCUGGAGGAGGGCGACAGCGCGGAGGUGCUGGGCACGCUGCACGCCCUCUACCUCAUCACCUUCAGCGCCACGGGCCGCGCCGCCGUCUCCCACGUCUUCAGCCUGGAGCACAACUUCUCCUGCCUGGUCACGCUGAUGGAGCACUACUCCAAGGAGGGCCAAGGGGAGGCCAAGGCAAGGAAGUCGGUGACGUACAACUACGCCUGCAUGCUGGUGCUGCUGGUGGUGCAGACGUCGGGAGACCUGCGCAUGAUGGAGCACUACGCCGCCCCGCUGCUCAGCAUCUGCAAGGCCGACGAGAACAACGCCAAGCUGCAGGAGCUGAGCAAAUGGCUGGAGCCGCUGGAGAAGCUGCGCUUUGAGAUAAACUGCAUCCCGAACCUGAUCGAGUACAUCAAGCAGAACCUGGAGAACCUGGUAACUCCAGAAGGAGCCGGGCUGAUCACCGCACUCCGAAUUCUCUGCCACAUCGCCUGCCCGCCCCACUCUGUCGAAGGCCAGCAGAAGGACCUGAAGUGGAACCUGGCGGUGAUCCAGCUCUUCUCGGCCGAGGGCAUGGACACGUUCGUGAAGGUGCUGCAGAAGCUGACGGCGCUGCUGCUGCAGCCCUGGCGUCUGCACGGCAGCACGGGCCCCACGCUGCAGCGCGUCAUGGUGCUGUCGGCGGCCGGCUGCACGCUGCGGCUGCUCAAGUGCAUGCUGACGGAGCUGCUGCGGGGCGGCGCCUUCGAGUUCAAGGACACGCGCGUGCCCUCGGCGCUGGUGGCGCUGCACAUGAUCGUCUGCUCCACGCCGGCCACGGGCCGCCUGGACCCCGACGAGCAGCGCGUGCAGAACGACAUCGUGGACAUCCUGCUCACCUUCACGCAGGGCGUCAGCGAGCAGGCCACCGACACCGAGGAGACGCUGGCCAACAACACCUGGUCGCUCAUGCUGAAGGAGGUGCUGUCGUCCGUGCUCAAGGCGCCCGAGGGCUUCUUCUCCGGGAUGGCGCUGCUCUCCGAGCUCCUGCCCCUGCCCCUGCCCCUGCAGACCACUCAGGCGGUCGCGGCGCAGGACGCGGCGGUGGCCCUGAACACGCGGAAGCUGUGGGGCAUGCACCUGCACGGGCAGGCACGGGCGCUGCAGGAGAUCCUGCGCUCGGUGUGCGGCACCAGCUGCCAGCCGCUGCUGGCCAUGCUGCGGCGGGUCUGCGUGCAGCUCAGCGACCUGGCCUCGCCCACCGCCCUGCUCAUCAUGAGGACCCUGCUGGAGCUGCUGCUGGAGGACCUGCAGCCGUCAGCGGAGGGGAAGGAGAAGGUCUGCACGGCGCAGACGGCGCGGCUCCUGGCGCUGCUCGACUCCCUGGCCUCGCACCGGGCCUGCAAGGUGUCAGCACUGCACCUGCUGAGCGGGGCCAGCCGCGGCGACGAGAAGCUGGCCGAGCUCUUCCCCUGCCUGGUGUCCCUGCUGGCGCCCUCCACGGACGGAAACCUGCACCAGCAGCACUGCGCGGAGCUGGUGGCCUCCUUCUUCCAGUCCCUGUGUGACCAGGACAUAGCCCUGAUGGUGAGCUCCAACUCGGACACGCCCCUGUCGGAGGCGGAGCAGCUGGCCAACGCCCUGCCGUCGCGGGAGAUGCUGUCGGCGGUGUGCGACGCCAUGCUGGAGGUGCUGGGAAACCCGGACAGCAGCGCCGCCCUGGUGCUCACCUGCAUCCGCACCAUGAUGUUUCUCACCGAGCACGAGUACGGCUUCUUCCACCUCAAGAGUGCCCUGAAGAAGCACGGGACGGCGGUGUGCGCCCUGCUCAAGAGGGUCAUCUUCGCCUUCAACAAGGAGUCGGCCGAGCUGGUGUCCGCGCUGCUGGACUUCCUGCGGCAGAUCCUCAACACGGACUCCCUGGGUUGCUGCGGCGACGAGGGCCCCGGCUCCAUGGAGGUGGACUGCAGCGCGCCCCCUCGCUCGCUCGCCCUCAGCGCCGCAGACAUGAAGCAGCUGCUGCAGUGGAAGCCCGACUCCCAGGAGCACCCGCUGCCGGAGCUGGAGAAGCAGAUCACGGAGUACUGCAAGGAGGAUGACUCUUUGGAGACGCUGUUGGAGAACGUGGUGGGGCUCAGGCAGAUGCUGGAGAGUGCAGCGGACACGCCCUCAGUCCAGGAGCAGGAGACAGAGCCCACACUGCCCGCCCCCGACAGCCUGCAGGCCCAGUUCAACCACAGGACCGUCUACGUCCUCUCUGACGUGUUCGACGACCAGCUCAAGGCCCUGUGGUUCUCCCCUUUCCAGUCUGAGGACAUCGACACCGAGCUGGACAUGGUGAAGGUGGACCUGGUGGGCCUGGCGGAGGAGUGCUGCCCAGACCUGGACCUGAAGGCGGAGCUGGAGCGCUCCUUCCUGACAGAGCCGUCCUCGCCCGGCCACACCAAGGCCCCCAAGGGCUUCAAGCUGGGCAAACACAAGCACGAGACCUUCAUCACCUCCAGUGGGAAGUCGGAGUACGUGGAGCCGGCCAAGCGGGCGCACGUCAUGGCCCUCCCCCGGGGCCGCGGGCGGGGCGUGUUCGGCCAGCUGAGCCGCCCGCACGACAUCUUCCGCCAGCGCAAGCAGAACACCAGCCGGCCGCCCUCCAUGCACGUGGAUGACUUCGUGGCGGCCGAGUUCAAGGACAUCGGGCCGCCCGUGGGCCUGCUGCAGGCCAAGCGCGUGCCCAAGGGCUCCCCCAAGGUGCCCACGCGGGGCCUCUUCACGGGCAACCGCGGCGGGCGCGGCACCUUCCACAGCCAGACGCGCUUCUUCACCCCGCCCGCGCCCAAGGGCGUCAUCCUCUCCGGGAACUAUAACCGGCGAGAGGGCGGCCGCGGGUCAGGAUGGAGCGCCCAGGUGACGCCCGUCACGCACCGGGGGACGUACAGCGAGGCGAGGGGCGGACAGAGCAACUUCGCCCGAGGCCCGCUGCCCUCCAGACAGCUCCCUGCAGGUAGCUACCGGCUGGCUCCGAGGGACCGGGCGCCGCGCGGACGAGGGACGGGCCUGUCCUGGAUGAGCGGGGGAGGAGGUGGAGGGGGAGGCGGCGGCGGCGGUGGGGGAGGCGGAGGAGGAGGUGCCGGGGGCGGCGGCUCCCGGGGAAAGUUCAGCAGCGGGGGGAGCGGGGGAGGCGGCGGCGGCCGCGGGAGGCAUGUCCGCUCCUUCACCAGGUAGACCCGCCCGCCUGGCGGACAGACUGUGGACACAGUGAACUGACCGCUGCCGCCAGCGGCCCUCAGGCUGCCCCCAAAGGAACCGCGGUGCUAAAGGACCAAUGAUGAUGUCAUCACAAUGACCUGGAGGCCUCAGACUCACUC